CCGCAGUGCCUCGACGCAGAUUUCCUUCCCGUCCGGCUGGACUGGCCAGGUCGCUGCUAGUGAAAGGUCGCAGCUUAGUAAGCAACGCCUCUUUCCGGCCGGGAAAGUACUAGUAGGCCACGUCAACGAUGUAUGUUUCCCCUCUUAGCAGCACUGCCCUAGCAAGCCUCAGCAGCAGCGUUAUCCGUCGCAGCAGCACGCUCAUUCGCCCGUCCGUCGUUACUCCGCCUUCGUCGCGUGCGCGCGUUCCGUUGAACAAGCUGUUUAGCGCUCGUCGACUGGGAGACGCGACAGGGCUAGUAGCGGCAGUAGCGGCACGCGCAGCAAAGUCCGCGUCUCGCGUUAGCGAAGGCGACUCUAGCGAGGACGAAUCGAAGCAGCCCCCGGCGAGCGGACCGACCAAGACGGUGAAGAUAUUUUGCGCUAAGUGCCAGCAGCAGCUGUACCGGUACCGGAAGGGCGGGAACGGGGCAUUAGUUAAGUGUUUCGUGGAGCGCAUCGCGGAGGAUUUCACCGCGGGGGACAUGAAAUGCCCCACGUGCGGGUCGGAGUUUGCGCGGAUGCGUAUGAUCAAGGGGAAGCCCGCGCACAAGAUCGUCGGGGGGAAGGUGUUCAUGCGCAAGUGAGGCGGGGGGGCGCAAGGCAGCUCGGAUACGCGCAAGUGAGCGCGCACAGGCGCACGUAGGGCGCGUAGGAGGCCUGAGAGGCGGCGGAAUCAGUGAGCGCGGUCAGGCGCUACAUUGCUGGAGCGGCGCUUGCUGGCUUUGACUGCGCGAAUUUGCCAUGAGGCGAGUCUCGCAACCCGCGCACGCAUCCCUGGUCAUCGGCCGGUCCCUGCAAGGCUUCUCCCCCGUUGCUGCUGCAGCUGCCGUCAACACCCCUUUCUCCUCCUCCUCCUCCUCCUACCCCUCCUCUGCGGCCUCAUGUACUUCAGCCAACAGCACCACUGGCGGCAAGGGCAAUAAGGCGGGUGAGUGGCGUGUGUGGCGGUACCUACGCCACAGAUGGCGAUGGCUCACUGGGUCGUCCUCCUCCUCCUCCUCCUCCUCCUCCUCCAGUCACCACUCGCACUGCAAACCCCAUGUGCAAGCACAUGGCAGCAACAGCAGCAGCAGCAUUUCUGGUCUAGACUUCGGGGUAGCAAUCACAUCUUUCCGCAGCGCCAGCAGCAGCAGCAGCGGCGGCUGGGGCAUGGGAGGAAGAGGGGUGGUGGUGGGAGGGAGGAGAAGGCGCAUGCGGAGAUGGGUGGUGGUGCUGCUGGUGCUUCUGGUGGCAGUGGUGCUGGCAGGUGUUCUGGUGAUGGGUGUGGAGCGUGCGGCCUUGCUGAUACUCUCCCUCGGCUCGCAGAGAACAAGUGGGAGAAGUGCAGACAACGCCACGGCCACUACCAGCCUCCCAAGCAUAACGACCCACAUGAAUUCUACCACGGAACGGGGUAACAGCAGCGGUACCAAAACUGGUCGAUUGCAGGCUAACUCUGGGAUGGGGGAGGAGGGGUCAGUGCUGGGCUUGGCAGUCGAUUGGAGUGAGGAGGAGAAGGGGAGGAUGGAGAGGAGGGAGCGGAUAGGAGUGGAGAGGGGAGGGGAGGAGAGAGGGGAUUUCUGGGUGAAGCGACGGGCGAGAGGGGUGAGAAAGGCCGGGGAGAGAGCAGGUAGAGAGCGCGCAGUGAAGGGGAGAAGGAGAGGAGGCAACAGGCGGAGGGAUGGGGGGUGGCCGGGAGUGGAUGGGCUGCCAGCGGUGGGAGCGCUCAUGGCUGAGCGGGGGAGGAGAGUGAGGGAGGGGAAGGGAGGGGAGAGGGGGGUGUGGACGGCGUCUGAGAGUGGUGGUAGCUCUGGUGGUGAAGGCAUCGCCAACGGUCUCCCUUCUCUUGGCUCCUGCGCUCUGGUCGGCCCUCACCUCUCCCACGCGCCCUCGGCGCUGCACCUUGGCGCGGCCAUCGACUCGCACUCCCUUGUGCUGCGCAUGGGGCAGCACGGCCCUCCCACAAGACUGCAGGCCUAUGUCCUUGGCAGCCGCACGGAUCUGUGGGUGGAGGGAGUGGGGCGAGGAGGAGGGGGGAGAGGGCGAGCGGGAGUGCGUCGCCUGUUGGGGCUGAUGGGUCACUCAGUGGCAUACCUGCGCGCCGACAGCGCUGCUCUCCUCCCCGCACCGCCGUGGCUGGCAGCGCUGCAGCAGAAGGGCGUGAGCAGAGGGCGGAUGGGCAGGAGGCGAGGGGAAGGGGGCGCAGAGGAGGACGACGAGGCACUCUUCCUCCCCCCUUCGCUAUUGGACGAAGCUCGCCACCUCUUCAAUGCCUUCGCCCACCGCUUCCGAUGCGCCAUCAAUGCUCCCAUGGCUGCGCGCCGUAAUGCCUCUGCUGCCUCCACUGCUGCAACCACUGCUGCGGCCGGGACUGCGGAUGCUGGUGCUGCGAGGUUUGCUGCAACUGCUGUGGGAGCAACAAGUGCCACUUUAGCGGCAGCAGCGGCGGCAGGCGAGGCGGUCAUCCCCAUCCCCAUGCCUCGCAUGCCGCCCCACUGGCCCGUGGUGCACCUGCUGCUGCAGGCGUGCGACAAGCUCACGUUGUUUGGACUCAUCCGCAAUGCUUCCGUGCACGUGCUGCAGAGCCCCAUGCACCUUUCCACCGUGAGCUCAGAGGUGCACCGGCGCCCCUCCCUGCUGGUGCUGGAGUCCCUGCUGCACGCGCUGGCGCGCACCAACCUGCUCAGCAGCUGCGGCGGCAUCGAGGACCACUUCUGCCGCCUGCCGCCCUUUCUGGCGGGGGGAAGGGGUGGGGGCGGAAGGGGGGAGGUGGCUUCUGGUGCAGAUGGUUCCGGUGGAGGUGUGGCUAGAGAAGGCAUGGCUGAUGCAGGUGGGGGUCUGGCAGGGAGGGGUUGGGAGGGGAGCGCUGGUGAGGAGAGGGGAGGGGAAAUGGGAAGGGCGAAUGUGGGUGAGGGUGCUGGCGGUAGUGGUGCUGGUGCUGGUGCUGCGGAUGGGACUGGUGGAAGCAGUGGUGGCACAAACGGCCAGAGGUCUGUUAAUGAGGAAGAUUAUGAUGAGGAUGAAGUGGACGGCAGAGGGGGAGGAGGCAAGGUGGUAGGGGGGCAAGGGGCAGUGGAGGGGGCAGGGUGGGGGGAUGAGUAUGGGGACGAGGGGGAGGAAGGGGGGGAGGGGGGAGAGGGCGAGGGGAAUGGAGAGGGGGGCGGAGAGGGGAGUGAGGGUGGUGGUGGUGGUGGUGAUGAUGACUACGAGUAUGACGAUGAUUACUAUGGCGUGCCUGUGGAGGAGCUUAUGAGUGACUUGGAGCAUGCUAAUAAGGAGGCUCGGGUGCAACAAGUGCAGCAAACGGAAGUAGGGUGAGUUAGUGAGUCUCUAAUAAUUCUUUGCUGCUAGCUAGCAAGAGCGUUGAAUGAAUCUAGUGCAGAGAUAGGCUAUUCAUGGGUGAUGAUGUAGCACAAGUGUGAAAUAUAAUCUGGACACUAGAGCACAAGUCAUGAUGAAUCUGUAUUGCAGAAGUUGGCUUGCUAGUUCAGAAGAGAUGGCUUAUUCUUGUCACGAGGAGAAAAGUUGUCUCGAGAAGGAGGGGAAAGGGAAUAUGUUUUACAAUUGUACCCUAUAUUAAUUGCCUCUAGCUAGGCUACGGUGUU